AUGACGUCACACGGGGAGAAGAGCUCUUCGCCUGUUGGAGGGGCUGACGCCAUCUCUGACGCCGCCCCCGCGGAGGAUUUGCAGGCAUCCGCAACCGUCGAGGCUUCGCUGGGGCUGCAGCGGGAAACCAGUCGUCUCAGUGUACACGAGCCGCAUCUGCCAGUAGCUGCUGCAGUAGGAGCGUCGGCGUCAUCGCGGUGGCGUUUUGUUCCAUCGCCGCAAAGUGAAAAUAAUAGGCGCACCCCAGCUCUCUCGGAAUCCAGUCGGAUCUUGACUCCGGUUCCAACCACCCAUCGCUUGGAUGUGGCAAGCGUCGGCUUAUCGAAUUCCUCGCCCCACGUGGCGAUAUUGCAGCGUGACAGAUACGCAGCAACUCCCAAUUACCACACGAGUUUUGAUGAAAUUCCUACAGUGGCGGAGGCAGACUAUGUAGAUAGUGACGUUGAGAGCAAUGAAGAUAUUGACAUCCAUUCUUUGGGGGAACGACUGACGGAUGUGUUGGAAUGUUCGCUUCGUGGGGAGUCGCUUUCUCAACUAGGGGAACACCAUAACACAUUGGGGCGUGCAGCUUUUCAUAUAUUUAAAGGGAAUGUGGGAGCCGGAGUGUUUCUAUUGCCUACGUAUUAUCAGGAUGCUGGAUACGGCGUUGGCUUCGUUUUCAUGGCCUUAUUAGGGUCACUCAUGAUUGACUGUGCAUUGGCCCUUGUCAAAGCAAAGCAAAAGAUUGAUCUCGUGGUUGUGAGAACCUACCCUGCCGUUGUGGGACAUGUCUUUGGUGGUGCAUUUAAGCAUUUUACGAAUUUUUCUCUUAUAUUUACCCAAUUUGGUUUUUGUGUGGUGUAUAUUCAAUACGCCUCAUCCAUGUUUACAGCCCUAUUUACUUCUCCGCAUGCGUACCAGCUCUUUGUAUUCUUGAGCGUUCUUAUGGUGACACCUAUGACCUUCUUUUCCCAUCGUAUGGGUGCGCUGGCGUACGCGUCCAUGCUUGCUGCGGUAUUUGUUGUCAUUGUUCUGGCAGGCGCUGUCGGAGAGGAGGUGGAUUCUCUCGCAACAAGCGGAGUCUCACCAGCGGCGGCGUUCUUUGUACCAACAAUGCGAAUUCUUGUAUUUAUUUCAGGGCAUAUGUUUGCGCUUGAAGGUAUUGGUACCGUUCUUCCGGUGGAGAACAGUAUGACCGUCGAGGAUCUUCCACGAUUUUCGACCUUGGUCAAGUACACACUGGCCUCCAUUGUCGCAACCUAUCUUGUCGUUGGUGUGCUUGGGUACCUUGCGUUUGGGGAUGCUUUACAAACCUCGGUGGUGCUUGCGCUACCGCCAAGCAAGACGAAGUUAAUGUUGCAGGUACUUUUGGGACUUAGUCUUAUUUUCAGUUAUCCUAUUCAGUUUGUGCCUGCGAUCCAGCUGGUCGACAGGGCCUUGGGUAUUAGUGUGCGAAAAGAGCGAGGCAAGGCAUAUAUUGUUCGAGUGGCGCUUAAUAUCUUUUUUGGCGCGCUUGCCGCCUCCAUUGGGGCCGAUACCGUGAAUGUGUUUGCAAGUUUUUUGGGGGCUUUCACAGGGGUGCAUCUCAUGAUCACCCUGCCGGUGCUUCUUGCCCUGUUUACGGAUCGUGUGGUGGACAGCGCACAGGAGGGUGCAGAGUUUUCCUUUCGCGACUACGUCAAGUUAUUCUUUACGCUGCCUGACACCCUUCUGGAAUGCCGAUGGCACGUUUACCUUUUGCUUGCCCUCUGCGUAUGGAUUGGUGGGACGUAUUACACGUUUGACUCCGUCUUUAACUAA